AUGAAAUCGCCCGAACUGCUCGAGUUGACAGCUUCGGAACCGUUAUCCCUGGAGGAAGAGUAUGAGAUGCAACGGAAAUGGUUGUUGGACGAAGAUAAAUUGACAUUCAUCCUCCUCGCCCGUCCUUCUCCCCCCUCCGACUCAUCUACCGAUUCAUCAAGAUACAUUCUCUUGCCGGAAGAGAUCCAAAAGUGCCGUAUGGUCGGGGACGUCAACCUUUUUCUGCCUGAUGGGAGGGAAAGUGAAGGGGAGUGUGAGAUUAUGAUUGCUUCGAAAGAGGACAGACGGAAAGGCUAUGCAGUCGAAGCACUUUCCCUCUUCCUCAAAUACACCACAUCCUCCCUCCACCUCCCCGCCCCCCAGCUCCUCUCCCGUAUCGGUUCCGAAAACAUUCCGUCCAUCCGGUUAUUCAAAAAACUUGGCUUUGGCGUGGUGAAGUAUGUGAAGGUGUUUGAUGAGGUGGAGAUGCGGUUUGGGCAGGGGGAUGUUGAGGGGCUGGAUCUGGAUUUUGGGGUGGUGGAGAAGGGGAAGGAGGUUGACUGGGAGGGGGUGGCGUUGGAGGGGCGGGUGGGGGUGUAUGAGGCUGGGGUGUAG